AUGGAGAAAUUACCAAAAAGUCCAAUACUAGAAUUUAACCAGACACAAGUUGAUCUAGUACGAAAAACAUUUAAUUACAAUGAUAUAAAAAAAUUACAUCAAGAUCUUGACAACUUAGAGGAUUGGAUAAGAAAGCAGAAUCAUUUUGAAGUAAAGGAAUUUGAUCGAGAUUACCUUGAACGAUUUCUAAUAGCAAGCAAAGGAUCCGUGGAGAUUGCUAAAAAACGGUUUGAUAAAUUGUGCACAUUACGGACCCUGAUGCCGGAGUUCUUAAGAAACUUUGACGUGAAUGAUGAGUUCUCUCGUGUUGUGAAUUGGAAUUACUAUGGCGUACUACCAAAGCCGACUAAUGAUAACUAUCGAGUUCUAGCAAGUACAGCACAUAAUCCAGAUGCCCCUGACAUAGAUAUGCUUGAGCUGUACAGAUUUGUCAUAUCGCUGAUGGAAUAUCUGUUUAAAUAUGACUACAACGCUGGCUUCGAAGUGAUCUUCGAUACAAGAAUGUACACAUUUGGUGUAGUAUCCAAAUUCAAUCCAAUCGUAUUGAAGAAAUGUGCCACAGUAUUCCUGGAAGCACUUGGCUUUAGACUAAAACGUUUGCAUCUAAUGAGUGGUUCGAAGGUGCUGGAUAUUGUAUUAUCCAUUUUCAAGUCAGUCCUAACAGAGAAGUUAGUCAAGCGCAUCAUUGUUCACGAUAGCUUGGAAUCUUUGCAAAAUUACAUUUCUAAAGACAUUUUACCCGUUGACUUUGGCGGCACUGAGAAAAGUAUGAAAGAAAUUUGUGAGGCAACCCUAAAAGAGAUGCGCAAGGAGGAGCAUGUAGCUCGUUUGAAAUUCCUGGAAACCGCAGGAACUGACGAAUCUAAAAGGCUUAAUCAGACCUUCAACGAGGAAUAUUUAGGAAUGCCUGGCUCGUUCAAAUCACUGUGUGUAGAUUAG